AUAUUUCUUGAAGUACUGGUGAAUUUUUCUUGCUUCAUCGACUCCAACGCACCGCCAUUUCCCAGAGAAGAAAUCGCGCCACCUGGCCAUUAAAUUCAUCUGGGGCUUAAUUUCGUCUUCCCUGCGCUUUGCUGCAUAAACCAUCUCAGAACUCUUUAACUUAUUUACUCAAAAAUACUGUUUCUGUAGUUUACGUAUUCAAUUUCACCUUCAGAAAAAGCAGAAACUUCCCGGAGAAAUGCUCGGAGAUGGAGGAGAAGCUCCUUGCAGAUAUGAAUUGUUGAGCAUGGUUAAGAAGCACUCCAACUUAAUAGGACAGACUGCGGUAGAUGAGCAAGAUGCUUCGGAUGUAGAAAUGGAUCCACGUUUUUGGCACGAUGUUAUGGAUGUGUAUUUUAUCCGUGGUAAGGAAUCAAGGGGACGACAAGACGACGAUCUCGUAUUUUUUGUUAGAAAAGUGAAAUCUCAAGGAUAUGGCAAUGAUGAUGAUAAUGAGAGCACCUCUCCUUAUUUUGUUCGCAGGUGGGCAUCUAAGUUGGAUAAUUUGGUUGGAGAGGUUUCAGUAGAUGUGGAUUGGAGGCGCUCAUUUUACUUGAACUUGAUUGCUCACACUUCGUUUACUGUGACUGUGGCGAUUUGUAGUCAUCAGGUUCUUCGCAAUCAUCAAGCUGGACAUAGUACAUCAUUGUCUCCUAUUUAUAAGGUUGUAAAGGCUGUUUAUGCAUCUCCUAGCCGUGUCAAUUUUCAUUUGGAUUCUAAAAAGGAGGUGGAGACUACGCCUGCAUAUCCAGAUAUUUGUUUUGCAGUUGAUGACUUCGACUCCACUUUUGAUGCAGUGGUGUUGACAGAGACUGACCAUUGCUAUUGUGUACUUCUCAACGCACAUGAUGGUGCAGCUUUUCCUGGAAAGGAUAAUGCAGAAAAUUGCAAUUCUAGCGAUGUUACGGAAUUGAAUAUGGACUCUGAUUCCCAAAGUAGGAAGAAUUCCAAGCAAAUUACUCUCUUCUCUGGAUUUGUCAGCUACCAAAUGGUUCGAGAUGCAUAUGACGCUGGCAAGUCUAGAUUUGGCAGCCUUCUCUCACUAGGUCAUGCUUCUGGCAAAACAGACAAAAUUUACAUGAAGGGUCCUGGAGGACGUGGGGAAGUUGAAGUUGCUGUUUCUGGUGUUGCAGAUCAAAGCCUGCAGGACUCUGGGCCAUUUUCGCCUGUGGUAUCAAAGAGAGGAUUUGGGAUUGGUUCAAUUGUUAGGAGAGCAGCAUCUGUAGCAUCCGUGGCUGCAAAACAAGCUUAUGCAGCUGCUAGUAGCAAUAGUUCUGAUGACGAGAUGAUACCUCUCAAGUGUUGCUUGAUGUCCAUUUCAUUGCCCUGGGAAUACAUCGCACAUGAUCUUUUGUACAAGGGAGGUCCGCCGGUGAACUUGUGAGCAUCAUUGCUUUCCAUCACUGAGAUAUGAACAGAAGUGGAACUCAUCCUUGAAGGCACCAAAGAUUUAGGAGGAGGUAUUCCUUGUAUGCACACAACACCAAAGAACUAUUUGUAAAUUUUAAUUGUAUUUGGAUUAUUUAUGUUUUCUGUUUGCAUAGUUUUGUGCCUGGUAAUACAGAGGACUCUUGCUGAAGAGACAUUGUGCAUUUUAACUCUGUAGCAAGCGUUUGAUUCAAUUCAUAACACCUACUUAGCAGCCGGCACAAUCUUGAAUCUUUUUCUUUUUCUUUUUAUUGACAAAGGUAAUGGGAGGUGAGAGAUUCCAACUCAUGAUUAGUAGUUUAAAUUAAACCAAUUUGUCUUCAUUAGUUGAGUUGUUCCAAUAUGUUAUUCAACA